AUGCUCAGGAAUCAAGUAUACGUAGAAAUCCUAAAUGCAAGCCAUGCUAUCUCUUUACAAAAUGCAGCAUUAACAGGAGCAAUAUCUCGUCUCUUAGAUCGACUCUGCCAAAGCGAAGUUCUAGUAAUGUCAAAUAAUGCGAAGUUACAAAUUCCCAGAACAUCUCGGCACGAGCUCGACAUAUACACGCCUUAUCUUAUUAUCCAAGCUUUUAUUCCUAACUCCCCUUUUCUCAGCAAGCAGUCCAUUGGAAAAAUCCAUAUUUUUGCAAAAAAAACCACCUUCUGUCAGCGAGAAAAAAAAAUUAUUAAAAAUAUUUUAGUAUGCAAUGAUAUAUAUAGGGCUUUCCCUUGAAUAGCCUGAUAACGGGCUGGCUUCAUCCCGUUAUCAGGCUAUUCAAGGGAAAGCCCUAUAUAUUAUAAGGGGAUCUCUAGGCAAUUCUGUUGAAUUUAAAACAGCUUACAUUUUAAAGUAUAAAUCUUUUAAUUUUCAAUUUGAUUCUUUUGAAUAUCAAAAAUAUUAACCCCUACGAACAGAAAUUUUUUGUUAGAUCAUGAAGGGGGUAAAGGAAAGCAAUUUAACAUCGAAAUUUCAGUCACAGACACUUCAGCUAUGAAAAGGAAGCUUAUUUUUACACAGUGCCGAGGAAUAAUAAGAAAUUCUCUCCAUUCAAGAAUACUUAGUUCUUAAUUAAGAUUAUAGAAAAGAUUUCUGUGAUACUUCAAAAGGGUAAUUAUCUCCACUUUGCUUUGAGACUGCCUGCCUUCUAUGAUCCUCCGGAAUAGGCUCGCCGGAGUGUAAUGGGAUGGGCCGCCAUGCCGUACGUCCGCCUUCCAAAAAAUUCGAAAAUGAAUUUUCUGGCCAAGUUGCCGACCAAGUUGGAAUUUUUAGCCUAAGGCGAACUCGAGGAAACUGUCCGAUUGGUCCAGAGGACAUUGCUGGGGGUGUCCUUUUGCAACUCUAAGCAUCUAUCUUCCCUAGAGGUAAAACCUUGACCUGGAAGUAGCUACGGCUAGCCUAAUCCGAAAUUGCGCUCCACCAGACCAAGUAAAACCUUGCUGGAUACUCAUUACUGAGCACCAUCCAUCUUUUCACAAAAUCCCGUGGUUUCCCUGCUACAGGUGUUAAGAGGAAGGUUAGUUCGCUAAUCCAUUUAUGUAUAUCCAUUCAAGAAUCCAAAAUACCAUAAUAAACCGAGAUCAGUGGACUAAUAUAUGUAUUGAUGUCUCCUUAUUCAAUUUGGAAUGCUUUGGUUCAACUUUUCAUCAUAUAGACUCUGUUACGAUUUCUGGAUUUUGCAGAAUACGAAAGAUAUUUGGUUGCAAAUUUCCAUUAAAGGAUUCAAAUGAGCGGAUGAACACUCACUCCCCCCCCUUUAAAUUGGAACUAAAAAUUUUGUUCCAAUUUAAAGGGGGGUUAAUUUUUUUUUAAAAAAAAUAUCAAUAUACAAUUUUUAUAAAAUAUAUAAAAAAUUAAAAAAAACAAAUUUCCAAAACUUAUCGAAUUAGAUUAAUAAAUUUGUUUAAUAAAACGCUAUUUACUCUUUAUCCUUUAAAAAAAGCAAGAUAUAACUAAAUUUUCAUUAUUAGUUAAUACGCCACUAUUAAUUGGUAUCAAAGUUAUUUACACAAAAAUUAUUAUUUUUAUUGAUAAAGAAAAUUAAAAAAAAAACAUGUUAGAAAAUUUAUCGAUCAAAGUGCUAAUUUUGUUUAAAUAAGAUGUUAUUAUAUACUCUAUUCUUUAAAAUAAAGCAAGAAAUAAGUAAAUUUUUAAAUUUUAUAAAGAAUUCCUAUUGAAUUUAUGUCAAAACUAUUUAAAUAAAAAAUAUCAUUUUUAUCAAAAAAAAAACAAAAAUGUUUUUGAAAAUUUUAAAAAAAAAAAAAAUUAAUUUUUUUUUUAAAAUUUACAAUCAAGGAUAAUAAAUUUAUUUAAAUAAGAUACUCUUUAUACUUUUAUCUUUAAAAAAGAGCAAGAUAUAACUAAAUUUUUAAUUUUAGUUAAUAAGAAACAUUUUAAUUUAUAUUAAAACUUUUACAUAAAAAUUAUAUAUAAUUUUUUAUUAUAAAAUUAAAUUUUGUUCCAAUUUAAAGGGGGUUAAUUUACCAAAAGUGGAAAUUUUACCGAUAUUUUGUUCCAAUUUAAAGGGGGGGAGUCAGCUGAAGCAUGAAAUAUUGCCUGAUGCUUAUGAGUUUCCUGAUAUUUUAUACAUUAUUUGAAAAAAUUUAUUUUUAUAUUGAUAAAUUAGGACUUUAUUUUACAGAAAUCAGGGCCUGAUCUUGGUACAAAAAUAUUUAGUCUCUAUAAUAGAUAUAUCUGCAUUAUCUCAAAUAAUAAACCCUGGGAAAAUCUCAGUAGAAACCCCACUUCCUGAUGCUCCAAGUAGAGUAGCUAAUUAUUCUCCAAAUCUGUCCAAGCGACAAGAAUAUUUUUUAGAAGAUUCUCCACAAAGGUCAAUAAAAAUUAAAAGGAAAAAUUUAAUUGAGUCAAAAGUAUAUGAUAAACUUAUAAUGGGGCAGUUUGGCCCAAAUCCAUUCAAGCAAAGCAAGCAUAAUGCUGAUUUUUACAGUAAAAGUAUUGUUCCCCAAAAAUCGACACCACAGAUGGCUCCACCACCCAUAAGAACUAAACCAAAUCGGAGGACAAUUUUUAACGAUGAUGCUCCCCAAAAAGAGUCUAAAUCGUUCAGAAUCAGUCAUGAAGAUAACAGUUUUAUUGGUCUAAAUGAAUAUGGAGUUGAUAUCAAGCCAAAAAGCAGCUUAUAUGAGCAAUAUAUGGGUGCAGUAACUACUAUAAGACAUCAUACACCGCCUUUUGUAAAUUUAGAUAAUGAAGGCUUGACAUAUGAUCCUGUAUCAAAAAAUUAUUCACUUCCAGCGGAAGUGGUGUGAAGAGACAACUUUUAA